AUGAGCUCCGACAAGGCUCCCGCGUUCUUCGAACGCAUCGUGCGAGACGUGCUCGAGGACGACUGCCUGCUGGUCAUGGGCGAGGGCCUAGGCAUCGAGAAAGUCGUUGCCGGUUUGCUCGCGGAGUACGCUCAGGGGCGGGAUUCUUCGGCGGCGUCUGGAGACGACGCAACUCCUGCUCCGCACCAGUCCGGCCCGGUGAUUCUCCUGGGCUUCCAGGAGUGGCAGCGAGCGAUGCUAGCUGCAGAGGUCCGGCGCUGCUGGCCCGGCCUCGAGCAGCCCGAGAUGGUGUCGCCGGAGAUCGACAGCUCGAAGCGAGCGGAGCUAUACUCGUCGAACAGCUCGAUUCACGUCACAGGACGCAUCUUCAACGUCGACCUCCUGCGCAAGGCCGUCGAUCCCUCACGCAUCCGCGCGCUCCUCGUCAUGAACGCCCACAGAGCGUCAGAGACCACAGGCGACGGAUUCGCGGUGCGGCUGUGCCGCGACCACCCGGGCUUUCGCGGGAGCGUCGUCGGGCUGUCGGACUCCCCGUCGGCGAUGACGGGCAGCUUCAGCGGCCUGGAGCGCGCGCUGCGCGCCCUGUAUACGCGCUCCGUGCACAUCUGGCCGCGGUUCCGCGACGAAGUCAAGGAGGCGCUCGCGGAGCGGGCGCCGGACGUGGUCGAGCUGUUCGCGGACCUCACGCCGCCGAUGAAGCUGAUGCAGGGCGCGAUCGCGGAGAUCACGGACCGUUGCGUGAAGCAACUGGCGCGCUGCGACAAGCUGGACCCGACCGAGCUGCGGAACGCGGACGGUACGGCGCGCGAGGCGGACCGGAUCGUGCGACGGCAGCUCGAGCCGAUCUGGUUCACGGUGCCGCGGGCGGUGAAGCAGAUGGCGAACGAUCUGCGCACGCUGCGCGACCUCUCCGCGGACGUCCUCAAGUACGACUGCGUGUCGUUCCUCCAGCUCCUGGACAACCUGCGGCAGACCGAGAAGGUCGAGUCCGUGUGGCUCACGGACCCGUGCGCGCAGCUGCUCAUCGACCAGGCCAAGGCGCGCGUGUACACCAUCGAGGGCGGGCGACAGCACGCGCCCCCAGAACCUGACGCAGCACCGCCGGCCCGCGGCGGCAGGGGCCGCGGCGGCGCGCGGGGCCGCGGGCGCGGGCGCGGGCGCGCCGAGGGCGCCUCUGGAGCGCGGCCGGCGGCGGGGGCCGGCACAACAACGAGCGUCGACGUCGGGAGCGUGGAGCCUGUGCUGGAGGAGCAGCCCAAGUGGAGGUGGGUGCGCGACAUACUGAGAGAGGUACAGGAAGAGCGGAAGAAGCUGAUGUUUGCGGGGAAGGGGAGCGAGGCGGAGGGAGGGAGCGCACAGCCGGAGGAGAGCACACGCGCUGGCAGCGCGGGACACGGCGGACAAGGGAAGAAGCGGCGUGUGGAGGUCGUAUUGGACGUGACAUCGAGUGACGAAGAGGACGUGGAGGCGGGCGGCGGGGCGUCGGAGCCGGAGCGCGCGCGGGGCGUGCGGCCCAACGUUGUGGUUGCUGCGUCGGACAAACACAUGUGCGAGCAGCUGCGAAGGGCGAUCACGGCGGACGGAGCGAAGGCGAUGCUGAAGGAGUCGUUCGAGAGGUACCUGGAAGCGGCCACGCGCGGCGCCAAGAGCAGGUGGGGCGGCUGGGGGCGCCAGCGAGGACGUGGCGGUCGAGGCCGCGGGCGCGGCGCCGACCCGCGCGAGAAGCUCCUCGCCGCGGACGCGCCGGGCGAGCGCGAGGCCCUCAUCGCCUCGGCCCGCAAGAUCAUCCGCAAGGGCAAGCGCGGGCGAAAGGCCCCAACCGCCGCCGCGGCCACGGCGCGCGGCGGCAAGCGGAAGCGCAACGAGGCCGCAGACGCCGGCAACGACGCCGCGUCUCCCGAGGAUCCGUCGGGCGGCCUGCUGGACGCCGUCACGUUUUGGCCGAUCGACAGCCGCGACACGAGCGCGGUGCUCGACGCGAAGCCGUGGUUCGUCGUCAUCGUCGACCCGGCCACGCCGGGCACGCUGCCGCUGCUGCGGCAGCUGGAGCUCUUCCGGGCGUCGCGCCCGGGCCGCCCGCUGCGAGUCUACAUGCUCUAUUACGAGGAGACUGCAAAAGAGUGCGAACGGUUCCUAUCUGCCUCCGCGCGCGAGACCAAGGCAUUCGUGUCGCUGAUUCAGAGCCGCGGGCACAUGCUGGCGCCCGUGGACGCCCAGAAACGGCAGGUCGUGCUGCGGCAGCGCAACGCAGCGGACGCGUACCACCCGGACGCGUUGGUGGAGGUGAUGGCGGCGCAGGGGGGCAACAACGCGGUGACGCGGCGCGCGGGCGGGCGGGACCUGCUCGCGGGGCCGAGCCGGCCUGGGCGGAAGGUGGUGGUCGACAUUCGGGAAUUCGUGUCUAAUCUUCCAGGCGUCUUGCAUCAAGAGGGCUUCGUGGUGGAGCCCGUGACGCUCGAGGUCGGGGACUACGUCCUGUCGCCGGAGAUGUGCGUGGAGCGCAAGGCCCUGCCGGACCUCGUCUCGUCCCUGGACUCGGGCCGCCUGCACGCGCAGGCUACGGCCAUGUGCCGCCACUACAAGUUCCCGAUCCUGCUGAUCGAGUUCGACGAAAGCAAGCACUUCGCGCUGCUCAGCCCGGACGAGCUCAGCCCGGAGAUCAAGCCCAACGCCAUCACGUCAAAGCUCAGUCUCCUGCUAUUGCACUUCCCGCGCCUCCGCAUCAUUUGGUCGCGGUCCAUGCGACACACGUGCGAGGUCUUCGAGGCGCUGAAGACCAACCAGGACGAGCCGGACGUCCUCGCCGCCGCGGCGGUCGGGGCGGCGGAUGACGACUUCGCCGGGGCCACUGUUGGCAGCGCCGUCAACGAUCCCGCACUCGACGUGCUGAAGAAGCUGCCGGGCGUGACGGACCUGAACUGGCGGUUCCUCGCGCGGGACUUCGCGUCGCUCGCGGACAUCGCCGCGGCCUCCGAGGAGCGCCUCGCGGCGUCCCUGAAGAACGACCAAAGCGCCAAGGCCCUGCACACCUUUUUACACACCAAGUGCCCGUCCUACUGGAGCUAG